AUUUGAUUAAUUUAUUCCUUUUAAGGAGACUCAGAGAAAGAAGUAACGAGCUUUCUGGUUCGAUAAAUCAAGUAAAGUCGUUCUACUUGGAAAACCAAAAGACGUUGCGAAUCAGUUUGGAAGGUUUAAUAGCAUUAAUAACUACAAAAGACAGCAUUCACCUCAGGACAAGCAAAGACUACCACGAUGACUGUGUCAAAUGGGAAAAUGAAAGAAAAACAUUGACAUCGCAGCUAGAAGAUGAAAGGAUUUUGAACAACGAUAUUCGUAUGAAAUUGGAUACAGCAUAUGCAGAUAAAUCAAAACUGGAGGAUACCAUAAAGAAACUGAAAGAACAGAGGGAACGUGAAAUGAAGGAAUUCAAUGCAAACAGACGUGUAAAAUGUUUAGAAGAGGAACUUAUGAAUUCUAAGCUAGAAGUGGAACAAAUGAAACAGAUAGUCCUUUUUCUCCGCAGUGGCUUCACCAACGUAUUUCGAUUUGGUAAUUCAUGAGUCGCAAAUCCUUAUGAACUCUCUAACUGAUAUUUGUCAGAGUUUCUCUCCAUUUAGUCUAUCGUAUUUGUCUUUGGUCCUUCUCACGAAUUUUUCGCCCAG